AUGGUGUUGUCUGUGCUGCACUACAUCCUGUCGGCCCACCACGGCUCCAUGGAGUCCGAAGAGCAGCGGCACUUUCAGCCGUGGUGUGAUUACAUGGGUCUCGCGGACACGGUGCGUGCCAUGCGGAGCUCGCGCCUUUCGGAAACCUCUGGUCCAGAACCUCAGCAGGAGCUUCAUUUAACUUCUCACCGUAGCCUCGAUGGCGCGUUCCAGUUCUUCUCGGAGUUUGAGAUGUCCGGGCAACCGAAAACGCAGAAGGGGCGACAGGAAUGCGGCCGCACCGGGACUACAGGAUCUCCACCUUCAAGUCCAAGUCCAACUGCAGCAUCACCGGGAGUCGGUCCUUGCGCUACGGAGAAGUUCUGCGGCUUCUGCAAACACAACGGCGAGUCUGAAGACGUUUUCACAUCGCACAACCUUAAGAACCACGGACAAGUAGUGUGUCCUUACCUGCGCCGUUAUGUGUGUCCGCAGUGCGGGGCGACGGGGGGCCGCGCGCACACCAAGCGCUUCUGCCCGCUAGUGGACAGCACCUACAGCUCCGUGUACGCACGGGCUACCCGGUCUCUUAGGCUCUUCUCAGGUGCAGGUUUCUCCCUGCCUUCAUGAUGGGAGCAUG